UAGUGCAUUGCGUAGCACUUUAGGGAGCUAGAAAGAGAAGAGAUAAAACUGCAGAAUAUAUUUGCGGACUAAGAGAGAGAGAGAGAGAGAGAGAGACAGAACUUGGGACAGUGCAAUUUUUUUAUUUGAGGUUGCUUGCUGUUCUGCUGGCUUUUGAUUGAGGAUCUUUUCGAGUGAGAGAUAAAAAGGAUCUGGGAAUAUCAAAGUGCUUUGUGCUUGUUUUAUUUGGUAUCAGAUUGCCUGAUAUCGUGGUGGUUUGAUCGGUUGUCUGGAAACGCCGCGGGAAGAAACAGCACAAACGAGUUUGAGGCGACAAAGCGACAAGCCCACGCAUAUACAGAAUUCAGAGAGAUUUGCGGAAUUCUCUGGAUACGAAUUCGGAAAACCUCGCCAUGAGUGAUCUCGACAGAGCAAUUGAAUUGCUGAAAGACUGCAAGAUAGUACCGGAGGAGCAGGUGCGGGACAUUUGUUUGCGAGCGCAGGAGCUGCUGAUUGAGGAGCGGAAUAUUGAGGUUGUUGAUACGCCUGUUACGAUUUGUGGGGAUAUUCAUGGACAGUUUCAUGAUCUGAUAACGUUGUUUGAACAUGGUGGACAGUGUCCCGACACAAAUUAUCUGUUUCUAGGCGACUUUGUCGACCGAGGGUUCUACUCUCUCGAAUCAUUUCUGCUUCUGCUAUGCCUAAAAGUACGGUACCCCGACCGAAUAACGCUGAUCCGCGGCAACCACGAAUCCCGCCAGAUCACGACCGUGUACGGAUUCUACGACGAGUGUAUUCGCAAGUACGGCUCCGCGAACGUGUGGCGGUCGUGCUGCGACGUGUUUGAUUACCUCGCGCUCGGCGCGCUCGUCGGCGGCUCCGGAGGCGUGUUUUGCGUGCACGGCGGGCUGAGUCCGGCGGUCGACAAGCUCGAUCAGAUAAGGCUGAUUGAUCGGAAACAAGAGGUGCCGCAUGAGGGCGCGAUGUGCGACUUGCUCUGGUCGGAUCCAGAUGAUAUCGAGGGCUGGGGCGUGUCGCCGCGAGGGGCGGGCUACUUAUUCGGCGGCGACAAGGUGAAGGAGUUCAACCACGAGAACGACAUUUCGCUGAUUGCGCGCGCGCACCAGCUGGUGAUGGAAGGCUACAAGGAGAUGUUUGACGGGGAGAUUGUGACGGUGUGGAGCGCGCCGAAUUACUGCUACCGGUGCGGGAACGUUGCCGCGAUUCUGACGAUUGACGACGGGCUGGGGCGGACGUAUGAGAUCUUUGAGGCGGCGCCGCAGGAGUCGAAGGGGAUGCCUGCGAAGAAACCCGCUGCGGAUUACUUUUUGUGAAUGAAUGCUCUGUUUUUGGCUGGCGUUUCUUUGGUUGUAUUAUUGUUGAUAUAGUAAUGGCUGCUGUGUUUGUUGUUGAUAUAGUAAUGAAAUGCUUCUGUAUUGUUGUCAUAAUGCCGGUGUCUGCAGUUAAGAGCCAAACCUUGUUUCUUCCGAGCCAACCUUAAACCGA